CGUCUAUGUGACCUACACACUGUGUAACAUUGGGCCAAGAGGCUUCCCGAGGAAACUCAGCAACCGAACCCCACAAGGAGGAACCUCGUAAUCGGCUAGCAGAGGAGGUAUUUUCUGAUUGCACAUAUGAGAUGGUCUGGAGGGAUUGAGGAUUUCGAUUGAGCGAUAAGCUGUCGCUCAAUUGAAAUCUGGAAGCGAUCAGAAAUGAGCUUUGUGUUGUCGCUGAGAACACAAAAGCACUUAUGUUAGCACUUGUCUACUGACGAGGAGGAGAAGUAAAUAUAUCACAUACUCUCCAUCGUUCUUCUAGAACGGGCGUCGAUUAUACAAAUCAAAUACAAUGUCUCUGCCCCCUGCGGAUUCAGCCACUGCCGCGCUGAGGGUCAAUCGGUUAAGCGACUCUAUAUACGAACUUUACAAGCCAGGAGUUGAGUCACUGCUGGACAUUGUAUUCUUUCAUGGCCUACAAUUGUCACACACCUCUGAUGCUCACGUAUCUACAUGGAGGUCACGCGGUUCUCAGAAGGAAGUAUGGCCGAUGACCUGGCUCCCGGAAGAGUUUCCAAGAGCUCGGAUUCUCUCUGUCAAUUACGAUGCUUGUAUCACGACAUCAGCAGAGCGUGGAAGAUUAGACCUCUACUGCACAGCUGAAAGUUUGAUGGAAGAUCUUAAAUCUGCAAAGGAGGGGCAGCAUCCCUGGCGUCCAGUUAUACUUGUCGGUCACAGUUAUGGAGGCUUGGUGAUCAAACAAUUGUGCCUCCACGCGCACUUCAGCGAAAGCUUGGAUCGCUCUCAGUCCCCAAUGGCUGGAUUUCUCAACUGCGUCAGAGGAAUUUUCUUCUAUGGAACGCCCCAUCGCGGAAUGUCAUCUUUCUUUAGUCCGAAUGGAACAGAGCUGAAAGAUGCUAGCCCUCUAUUGAAAUAUGUGAAGGUGCUUUGCGCAGAAUCAGCUCGCCUUCAUCAAUAUUUUGAUUCUUUACGUUUGAUCCACAAGUGGAGCAUUGCUGGAGUCGGAGAAUCGAAAGUUACUCUAUUUUUUACGCCUGAAGGGAAGUCUCAGAGUGAGAUGAUUGUAGGCGAGGGUUCAGCUCGGUACCACAACUUCACUAUGGAAGCUGAGGAUCAUUACUCUCUCUGCCAGCCCGAGAGCAGGACGUCAAAUACUUACAAACGGUUGACAGCGUUCAUUCAAAGUACUGAUAUCAAAAAGGUGGUGCCAUCUUCGGCACUUAUUGAGGUCCCGAAGAUGGCAAUGAUGCUACAUUAUAUCCUCUUUGAAAAGGUUCAAGAUAUCUUACGCAUAGCUCCAGCAAUAGCUCUUUGCGGCAUGGGCGGUAUAGGGAAAACAACUCUCGCGAAGCUGUUGUUCAAUAAGCUGAGUGCUGAAUUCGAAUAUACUUGUUUCCUUCAGUUGCCGAAGGGAGAAAUCAAUGGAGAUUACAUGAAAGAGCUAGAAGGCAGAGUGUGUUCGUCGAUGCAUCACCAUGGCUUGAAGGUUGCUCUUAUGGGGAAAGUGUGUGAUUGGACUCAUUUGACGCUAAAAAGACUUCUCCUUGUUCUGGAUGACAUUGACAAUAAUCGCCAUGUUGAAUUUCUCAAGCAUAUAUCUUCGGUGAACAAUUGCGCAAACAGUCGGUACAUUGUUACCUCUCGAAGCUUAGAAUAUUUGAACAGAUGCAUUGUGACCUCUGGAGAUAGGGAUAUUGACGCAUGCGUGUUCAACGUGGAAUACUUGAAUUUCAAGAGCUCCAAAGAGUUAUUUAUGAGUCACGCUUUUCCUUAUCCGACCAAACCGAGUCCAUCACUUGCGGAAUGGGUAGACAAGAUCGUCGCGAAAUGUGACGGACUACCAUUAACCCUGGAGGUGAUGGGCAGUUAUUUGAAGAAGAAAGACAGUGAAAGCAUAUGGAGUCAGUGUUUCGACGCUCUGGAUGAAGCAGAAAACAUUUCCGAUUGGGAUGAACGGUUGUGGGCGAAGUUGGAAGUGAGCUACAAGACUUUAAAGCCUGAUGAGAAAGAAAUAUUCCUUGAUGCUGCGACUUUCUUCAACAAUUCCAUCUGGAACCUGCGAGAAGCUAAGUCUUGCUGGCGUGUGCUCUAUGGCUACCAAGAUAUACGAUGUAGGACUUUGGUAGAUUUGUGUCUCGUCUACGAUGUAGGCGAAAUGGAAGGGAUACAAAUGCACGAGCAAAUGAGGUCUUUGGGAAUGAAAUUGGCUAGGACAUGGGGAAAUAAUCGCAUAUGUAGGACUUGGACUAAGAGCAAUGUCCUCUCGACGUCAUCCAACACUAAUAUGAAAAUUGAGGAGGUCAUAACGCUUCGACUUGAAGACUCGAUGCCCCUCAACUCCAGCAAAAUUGGCGAGAUGAAGAAGCUACGAUAUUUGGAUUCCAAGAAGGAGUUGAUGUUGGAUGAAGUAGGUGGCAUGCUUUCAAAAACCGUGGUACUUCUUCGACUGCGUGGAAAAGUGAAUAGUCUUUGUGACCUGGUCGACCGAGGUCGUGACCGUUUGGCUGUUUUGGACUUGAAGGCACCGCUCACAUGUUUGCCAACAACCGUCAGCGAGCUGCGAAACCUUGAAAUCUUGAAGUUCCAAGACUGUCUCUUCGAAGAUCUUCCCGAAACGUUCGGACAACUUCCCAGGCUUCGUCAUCUGACAUUUAGCAGUUGCCACAGACUUCGUUCACUCCCCGAAGCGGUCGGACGGCUCUCGGAGCUGCGGUGUUUGGAACUUCAUCACUGUUUCAAUUUUAUAGCAUUUCCGGACUCGUUCGUCCAGCUCCCCCGUUUGGAGAGUUUGAUCAUGACGACACUGCGCAAUCUUCAAAGGUUGCCUGAGGGUUUCGGAAAUCUGUCCCAGCUACAACUGCUGAUAAUAUCAAAAGCGGAUGUAAUCUCAGAAUUGCCUGAGAGCUUCGGCCAGCUCCCCCGUUUGGAGACUUUGAUCAUGAUGACACUGCGCAAUCUUCAAAGGUUGCCUGAGGGUUUCGGAAAUCUGUCCCAGCUACAACUGCUGAUAAUAUCAAAAGCGGAUGUAAUCUCAGAAUUGCCUGAGAGCUUCGGCCAGCUCCCCCGUUUGAAGGGUUUGAUCAUGGACCAACUGCCCAAUUUUCAAAGGUUGCCUGAGGGUUUCGGAAAUCUGUCCCAGCUAGAAGGGCUGAUGAUAAUAACUGGGGAUAAAUUCUCAGAAUUGCCCGAGGGUUUCGGAAAUCUGUCCCAGCUAGAAGUGCUGGUGAUAAUAACUGGGGAUAAAUUCUCAGAAUUGCCCGAGGGUUUCGGAAAUCUGUCCCAGCUAGAAGUGCUGGUGAUAAUAACUGGGGAUAAAUUCUCAGAAUUGCCCGAGGGUUUCGGAAAUCUGUCCCAGCUAGAAGUGCUGGUGAUAUCAACUGGGGAUAAAUUCUCAGAAUUGCCCGAGGAUUUCGGAAAUCUGUCCCAGCUAGAAGUGCUGGUGAUAUCAACUGGGGGUAAUUUCUCAGAAUUGCCCGAGGGUUUCGGAAAUCUGUCCCAGCUAGAAGUGCUGGUGAUAUCAACUGGGGAUAAUUUCUCAGAAUUGCCCGAGGAUUUCGGAAAUCUGUCCCAGCUAGAAGUGCUGGUGAUAUCAACUGGGGGGGAUGAAUUCCCAGAAUUGCCUGAAAGCUUCGGCCGUCUCGCUCGACUGCAAUGGCUGAUUCUCGAUUUUAUGCCUGGCCUCCAAGCUUUACCUGAAACUUUUGUGGAGCUUUCGGAGCACUCGAGUUUGAUUGGUGGGCGGCAUUUCCACCGUAAAGGAUCCGAUGAUUUGAGCCGUGACGAAAAUCCUGAUAUAACAGCAAAACUUCUUCGUUCAGAUUUUAUCAAGCAAUUCUUGCUAGGACCUGUUGCUAGUUUUGGAAAGGAAGUCGAUCUCCUUCAUGACAUAAAUGAAUUAUUUUGUGAAGAACGGAUUCAUUGAAGAACCCACAACGAUAUGUUGUGGGAGUUUAGAUGGUGCCUAUUAGGAUAGAUACGCACGCAUACGCUUAGCGUAUCUAAGGCCAACUGAUGCAGAGCAGUAGGCCGCCAAUUCCUACCCGCUAUUUACAUCGAUUUAAAGCGUUACGUGAGGUUUCGCGUAGUUGGAAAUGAGCUUGCAGAGCUAUUGUUGACGAAGUAUGAAAGUGUAACACACAACUGUGUCGACCGUAUUGUGUAAUGUAUCCCU